AUGCGCCGCUCCGCUCUUCAUAUGCCCAAGAGCCGCCUACGAAACAACCCCCCGCUGCCCGCAAAUACAACAGCCUCUAUUGCCGGUUCAUCUGUAGACGUUGUUGGGGCUCUCCUGCGGGACGAGGGUUUCCAAGCUGAGCAUCGUCAACUUGCGGACUCAUCCACAACCAGCAGCGCCUCUUACAAUAGCUUCAACGCCCGCCCUCCUUCACUACCUCAUGGUAGCCACCCACAAUAUAAUCCAACUCUCCUGCCCAGCACAGCGGAAUCAUACAACAUCCCUGAAUUCACGGCCGAUUCGCCUAUGACAGAUGCGUUCCCCACCGAAGACAAUACCAUCUCCACUACCAAGACACCUACUUUCGCGAUAGUGACUGACGGCUCUUCUACUGCAAUCGCCACCGAGUUCUCAGACCAGAACAAUUACGACCAAUUCUCCUCCAACGCCUAUAUCGAGACCUAUAAUUCUGAGUCUGAAUCCCCGGAUUCCGAGUCCGACCCAGAUCAAGAGCAUCAGGACGGUAUUGAUCUUGAUUUGGACACUUCCACCCACCCACCUUUCUUGGGCGACUAUUGGACACCCCCCACAUAUCUCGACUUGGACUCUGACCAUAUACCCUCUUACCACAACGUGGAUUAUGACAUUGAUAUGAGCGACAGCGAAGGUGGUGCUCCUCUCGACGACGCAUUCGACGAACUUGGACACUUCACGGACGACCAGUCUAUUCUAUCUGAGGAAGACAAUGAUGAAUCACCCCCUAUCAAUCACUCAACCAAUUAUAUUUCACAAUCCGCCUUCCAUCCGCCCACUAUAGUUGAUGAUAACGACCUAAUCAUGAAUUCUGUUCCGCCUCCUGCCCCAUGGGGCGAUGUCUUGACCGAAGACGCGGCUGCGUUGGAGGACAAUGCGCCUUCUGUGCCAUCAGAGGCCCUAGGCCAGCCACUACUUAGCAACCCCAACCCGACUAUGAUUGGUUCUCACAAUCUAGGCCUGGUUGACUUUUUGAGACACUGGGCAUACCAAGCUCGUGCUUCCUCCUGUCCGUCCCCCUCACGGGUUCACGCCCCCUAUCCAGAAGACAUUCGCCGUCAAGCAAAUGCACACAUCCGCGAUGUUCAGUAUAAGGACCUUCAAGGCGAUGACUAUGAUAUACAGGGCUUGGAUUGGGCAUCCAUGAACACUACUAGGGAGUAUGCGCGCCAAAUCCGAUGUGCCACUUUCCACAAUUAUGUCAACAAGAACGGUUCAGAUAGAUGGAGCCCUCACAUGGACGACGCAGCUAUCUCCGCGACUCAAAACUUUAUGAGAUUCAAGAGGUUCCUUAUCCGCCAAGAUGUCUACCUAGCUCAUUUUCAGCUACGAAGCGUCCUAGCAUGCCCAUCAAUCUCACAAGCCUACUACCCUGGCAGGAGAGGAAUCAACCGAAUAAACCCUGUCACGGGAAAAGUAGAGCUCGUGCUUAACAACAGUCAUAUACAUGGUCUGGGAGCUCUCAUCUCUACCCUUGAUGCAAACCACGGAGCCAUGUUUGCAGGCACUUUCAAUGGCGAAUACUAUCUCAAAAGCCUGGGUUCGGAAGACAAGAAAGACUUUGCAGAAGGUGUCAUUACUACAAAUACGGGAGGUAUCACCAACCAUGUCCAGAUCUACCAACCCCGGCGAUCUUCUGGUCCUGUUGCUGCCAUUGCCAGUAAUGACGAGGGAUUCCGCCUUCUGGACCUUUCUACACAGAAGUUCUUGAUGCAGAGCAAGUAUCGAUUCGCACUCAACUGUUCGCGUAUGUCACCUGACGGCCGUUUGAGAGUCAUGGUCGGCGAUGACUUCAAGGUACUGAUUACCGACGCCGAUACCGGCGAAAUUCAACAGGAACUGUCCGGACACCGCGACUAUGGUUUUGCCUGCGAUUGGUCCGAUGAUGGGAGGACAGUAGCUACCGGUUUCCAGGACAUGGGCGUCAAGGUCUGGGAUGCUCGCCGUUGGUGUGACACGCGGGGUGUCAGUACACCUCUGUGCACUAUCAGAUCUGAUAUGGCUGGUGUGAGAAAUCUGCGCUUCUCUCCCGUCGGUAGUGGCGAGAGAGUACUCGUUGCUGCUGAGGAGGCCGACAUUGUCAACAUAAUAAAUGCUCAGACUUUUAACAAGAAGCAGACAGUCGAUUUAUUCGGUGAGAUCGGCGGCAUUGCAUUUGCCAACGGCGGACAUGAACUCAAUAUCUUGGCGAGUGACCGUCAUCGUGGCGGCCUCCUUCAGCUUGAACGAUGUGGCCGUACCGCCGAGCCCUAUUUCUUCAGUUCCUGGAAACGAUAUGUCGACGGCGACACCGCUGAUUGGCGCCAUAAACCCGAUGAGUUUACACGCAGCGGUGAAUGCUAUCGUCGGGCUCCAGCUUCGAGGGAUGCCUUGCCGAUUUUCUAA